AUGCAGGCAUUUGUGAUGCUCCUACUUCCCAUUCCACUGAUCCCAUGUUGGUAUGAAAUUGAGAACAAAGCAAAGUUUCUACUUCCAAUGAAUUCAUCUGCAACUAGUUUAGCAAGAAUUUUAGGUUCCUCCAUCAAUGGAACUGCACUAUCAUUCUCUGAGAUUGAGACCAAGGUGGCUCCUGUAUUGUUUCAAGAGUUGUCUACAAUUCCAUACUUAUCUCAAAUUUCUUAUUUUCGAUUAGACGGACUAUUUUUCUCAUACUAUACCGACGGCAAUCAAACUCUUGUCAUGUACUCCAACUCCUCAUUCUUCUCUGCUCCAAAUGGAAGAGAAAACUACAUCUGGCAUAUGCAGGAUGUGGACAUUGAGACAGGAAAAUUGUAUGGAAAAGCCAUUGAAUCCCUUCCCUGGACUAUUGCAAAUGCAAGUUGGUUUCAAGAAGCCUUGAAUAGUAAACAUGGAUCUUCCUCGUUGGAAACUGGAUGGAACAAUGCUCAAGACCUUCUAUUCCUUAACUCAGCAAGACUUAAUGGAGGAGUUAUCUCUCUCGGGUUUCCAGUUAAAACAUUAACUACCAUUUUUACUGAUGCAGAUUAUCAUGGCGGGAACUUGUAUUUGGCUACCCAAGAUGGGAAAAUGCUAGUAGAAGGGCUCCCAAAGACGCAUACGCUUCUUGCUGCUAACGUUUCCUGCACCAUGAAAGAUGGUAUGUCGAGAGCUUCUACUUUGACUCUUCAAGAAACAGAAUACACCUUUUAUUGUUUGCCACUUGAUAUAGUGGGAGUGAAAUCGGUAUAUGUGUUGGCUGUCCCGCAAAAUGGAUUAGUCAGCCUUGUCCACAAGAACAAGAAAGUGGCGUUGUUGCUCCUUAUGGUUGUGAUUGCUACAAUGAUUGGUUCCUUCUUGAGUUUUGUGUUUAUAAUCGUUAGAGCUGCCAGACGAGAGAUGCAUUUGUGUGCUGCGCUCAUUAAACAAAUGGAAGCAACUCAGCAAGCAGAGAGGAAAAGUAUGAACAAGAGUCUUGCCUUUGCUAGUGCCAGUCAUGAUGUUCGUGCUUCACUAGCUGGCCUUACUGGUUUGAUAGAGAUAUGCUAUGUUGAAGUUAUCCCUGGUUCCGAAUUGGCUACAAACUCAAGACAAAUGGAUACCUGUGCAAAGGACCUACUAGAUCUACUGAAUUCUAUUCUCGAUACAAGCAAAAUCGAAGCAGGCAAGAUGCUGCUUGAAGAAGAGGAAUUUGAUUUGGCCCGACUUCUUGAGGAUGCAGUCGAUUUGUAUCAUCCUGUUGGUAUGAGAAAAGGAGUAGAUGUAGUGUUGGAUCCUUAUGAUGGUUCAAUCCUCAAAUUUUCCCAAGUAAAAGGGGAUAGGGGAAAACUUAAGCAGAUAUUAUGUAAUCUACUAAGCAAUGCAGUUAAAUUUACUUCAGAGGGGCAUGUAACUGUUCGAGCUUGGGUUAGGAAAACCAGUUUGCAGAAUACGAUGAUUGCUUCUAAAAGAACUGCCUGCCGUGCUUGUUACAAGAACAGUCAAGCAUAUAAUGAUUUUGAAGCCAUGGAUGCAGCCCUAAAAGAUCCAAAUGUUAUGGACUUUGUAUUUGAGGUGGAUGAUACAGGUAAAGGUAUUCCAAAAGAGAAGCAAAAAUCAGUCUUUGAAAACUAUGUUCAACUCAAUGAAACAGCUAUUGGACAAGGAGGCACUGGCUUAGGACUCGGCAUUGUUCAGUCUCUGGUACGUCUGAUGCAUGGAGAUAUAGGAAUUGUGGACAAGGAGAUCGGAGAGAAGGGAACUUGCUUUAGAUUCAAUGUUCUACUCACUAUAUGUGAAAUCGUCUCUUGCAAUAAUGUAGAAGCAGAACAGCUUGAAAUGGGAUUGACAACUCACUCCCCUAGCCCCAAGCAGAAGGCAUCCCAUGUUGUUCUCUUGAUUCGAGAUAAUGAGCGUCGGAGGAUGUUACACAGAUUCAUGGAGAACUUGGGCAUAAAAGUAUCAGUUGUUAAGCAAUGGCAACAUCUUCCUUCUACUCUCGAAAUGAUCACACAUAAGCAAAACCAUUCGCAUCACAACUCUUCGGUAAAAUCAUAUUUUUAUUCUCCAAAUGAAUACUUAAGCAGGUCUGCUACUAGUAACUCCAUCACUGUAGAAAAGGAUGUGCCUUUGCGUCCCAUGGAUGGAUCGGACUACAUACUAUCAGUCUUCAGAAGAACUACUCCUAGAUGUGCAUCAAGUUUUAUACUAGUUGUGAUCGAUGCCUGUGCCGGACCAUUCCAGGAACUGUGUAGGAGUGUGACCGAGUUCAGAAGAGGACUAAACAGUACUUAUUGCAGGGUUGUUUGGUUGGAGAAACCAAUGAUGCGGAUCAUCAAUUGCAAAGGUAUUGCCGAGACCAUGAUGGAGCCAAAUGAUACUAUCAUAUCUAAACCAUUUCAUGGUUCUCGUUUGUAUGAAGUGGUAAGACUUCUACCUGAGUUUGGGGGUACACUGCUAGGGAAUAUGGGAAAAAUGAAGAGAGAGUCUACCAUGGUAGCAGCAGUGAGAUUCCUAGGAAAAAAAAUCUUCUCACCCAUUGAAAAUCUAACUCAUUCCAAGCCCAAAUCAAGAAGUCCUCUGAAUCAUGGACACCCACCACAAGAGCAAGAAAGUAAGGAGUUGUUCUUGAGUGGGAAGAAAGUCUUAGUUGCAGACGACCAUGCACUGCUACGCAAGUUGACUGUCUCCCAUCUUUUACGGCUUGGAGCAACGGUUGAGCUCUCAGAAAAUGGGCAGGAAGCUCUAGAGCUGGUUUGCAAAGGUCUAAGCGAUCAAAGGAAAUGUGGAACUUCUAAGAUUCUUCCAUAUGAUUAUAUAUUAAUGGACUGUGAGGUAAAUGGGCUAUGA